UCAGCGGAGGUUGGCAUGCCCUGGACCAGACCUCAGGUGGACCUUCAUGCCACUGGAGCAGAGGCCAUGGACCAAUACAACAUAGACGACCACCACUUCGAAGGCUCCCUGUUCCCCACCUCCACUCUUAUCCCCGUAACUGUCAUCUGCAUCCUCAUCUUCAUCAUCGGCGUGACAGGCAACACCAUGACCAUCCUCAUCAUCCAGCACUUCAAGGACAUGAAGACCACCACCAACCUCUACCUGUCCAGCAUGGCCGUGUCUGACCUCAUCAUCUUCAUCUGCCUGCCCUUCGACCUCUACCGCCUGUGGAAGUACGUGCCCUGGCUGUUCGGGGAGGUGGUGUGCCGCUUCUAUCACUACAUCUUUGAGGGCUGCACCUCGGCCACCAUCCUUCACAUCACAGCCCUGAGCAUCGAGCGCUACCUGGCCAUCAGCUUCCCCCUCAGGAGCAAGAUGAUGGUGACCAGACGCAGGGUCCAGUACAUCAUCAUCGCCCUGUGGGGUUUCGCCUUGGUUUCUGCUGCUCCCACACUCUUCCUGGUUGGGGUGGAGUAUGACAAUGACACUCACCCGGACUACAAUACAGGGCAGUGUAAGCACACCAACUACGCCAUCAGUUCUGGGCAGCUGCACAUCAUGCUCUGGGUGUCCACAACCUACUUUUUCUGCCCGAUGCUCUGCCUCAUCUUCCUCUACGGCUCCAUUGGGUGCAAGCUGUGGAAAAGCAAGAAUGACCUGCAGGGCCCCUGUGCUCUGGCCCGUGAAAGGUCACACAGGCAAACAGUUAAGAUCCUGGUGGUGGUGGUGUUGGCUUUUAUAAUCUGCUGGCUGCCCUACCACAUUGGUAGGAACCUCUUCGCCCAAGUGGACGACUACGACACGGCCAUGCUGAGUCAGAACUUCAACAUGGCCUCCAUGGUGCUCUGCUACCUCAGCGCCUCCAUCAACCCCGUCGUCUACAACCUCAUGUCUCGGAAGUACAGGGCUGCAGCCAAACGUCUCUUCCUGUUGCACCAGCGGCCCGGACAAGCCCACCGUGGCCAGAGACAGCUCUGUGUGACUGACCACAUCUCCACCCUGAAUGAAAGCCUGACUGGGGUCUGA